AUGGACAAUGCAAGAAUGAGCUCCUUCCUGGAAUACCCCAUCCUCAGCAGCGGCGACUCGGGGACCUGCUCAGCGCGAGCCUACCCCUCGGACCAUGGGAUUACAACUUUCCAAUCCUGCGCAGUCACUGCCAACAGCUGCGGCGGCGACGACCACUUCCUAGUGGGCAGGGGGGUGCAGAUCAGCUCGCCCCACCACCACCACCACCACCACCACCACCACCCCCAGCCGGCCACCUACCCGACUUCCGGGAACCUGGGGGUGUCCUACUCCCACUCGAGUUGUGGUCCAAGCUAUAGCGCGCAGAACUUCGGCGCGCCUUACAGCCCCUACGCGUUAAAUCAGGAAGCAGACGUAAGUGGUGGGUACCCCCAGUGCGCUCCCGCUGUUUACUCUGGAAAUCUCUCAUCUCCCAUGGUCCAGCAUCACCACCACCACCAGGGUUAUGCAGGGGGCGCGGUGGGCUCGCCUCAGUACAUUCACCACUCAUAUGGACAAGAGCACCAGAGCCUGGCCCUGGCCACGUAUAAUAACUCCUUGUCCCCUCUCCACGCCAGCCACCAGGAAGCCUGUCGCUCCCCUGCGUCGGAGACGUCUUCUCCAGCGCAGACCUUUGACUGGAUGAAAGUCAAAAGAAAUCCUCCCAAAACAGGGAAAGUUGGAGAGUAUGGCUACGUGGGUCAACCCAACGCGGUGCGCACCAACUUCACCACCAAGCAGCUCACGGAACUGGAGAAGGAGUUCCACUUCAACAAGUACCUGACGCGCGCCCGCAGGGUGGAGAUCGCCGCGUCCCUGCAGCUCAACGAGACGCAGGUGAAGAUCUGGUUCCAGAACCGCCGCAUGAAGCAAAAGAAACGUGAAAAGGAGGGGCUCUUGCCCAUCUCUCCGGCCACCCCGCCGGGUAGCGAUGAGAAGGCCGAGGAAUCCUCGGAGAAGUCCAGCUCCUCGCCCUGCGUUCCUUCCCCGGGGUCUUCUACCUCAGACACUCUGACUACCUCCCACUGA